CCAGCAGGGGGCGCAGCAGAGCAGGAAGUGGAAUCCAGCUUGUGUUUUCAGACGACACACAAGUUCACUGGUUAGGCUUUAAACUGUGUAUGCACUCGUAAUAAUGGCUCACAACAGCAGUGGCAGUGGUUUCUCUGACAGCAGCGUUCACGUGGAUGUUAAGGAUUAUUAUGGGAAGAGGCUCCAGAAGACCUCGGACCUGAAGACAGGUGCCUGUGUAGCUCCGGCCCAGCCUCUCCCAGCCUUUGUUCGUGAAGCCCUGAAGAAAGUUCACCCCGAAGUGACUGCCAGGUACUAUGGUUGUGGUUUGGUGGUGCCGGAGGGCUUGGAAGGCUGCAGGAUACUGGACCUGGGCUGCGGAAGUGGAAGGGACUGCUUUAUGUUGAGUUUGCUGGUUGGGGAGAAAGGUCAUGUCACUGGAAUUGACAUGACUGAGGCCCAGCUCGAAGUGGCCAGAAAAUAUACGGAUUAUCACAUGAAGGAGUUCGGCUACAAGGAGCCAAACGUCAGGUUCGUCCAGGGCUACAUGGAGGCUUUAACCGAGGCGGGGCUGCAAAAGAACUCCUUUGAUAUCAUCAUUUCAAACUGCGUGGUGAACCUCUGCCCAGACAAGAAGCGGGUUCUGGCUGAAGCGCACAGUGUACUCAAGGAUGGGGGUGAGCUGUACUUCAGUGACAUCUACUCCAGUGGAAGACUGACGGAGGAAAUUAAAAACCACAAAGUGCUGUGGGGUGAAUGUCUGGGCGGAGCCCUGUGGUGGAAGGAUCUGCUGCAGCUGGCUGAGGAGGUGGGCUUCAGUCAGCCGCGGCUGGUGACGGCCAGCAUCCCUACGGUUGACGACGAACAGCUGCGAGACAUACUGGGGGACUUCAAGUUUGUUUCGGCCACAUACCGUCUGUUCAAAGUCCCUAAAGGCAACGCCGAGACCUGCCAGGUCAUAUAUAACGGAGGCAUUACCGGGGCAGAGGACCGCUUCCAGUUUGACAGUCGCUACACCUUUAAGACCGGUGAAGUGGUGGAGGUGGAUGGAGAAGCAGCCUGCAUCCUAAAACAUUCCAGGUUUGCAGAAGACUUCACUUUCCAGCCACCAGGGGGCUCCUGUGAGCCUUGUUGCGUCAAACCUAAGGCUGACACGGUGGAUCCUUUUGAACUGGCCCUUCAGUCGGGCAGCCAAGGCCUCGGUCCAGCCACGGGGGGAUGCUGCAGCACAAAAACUGCUGACUGCUGCAAAUGAUCGCAGCCCUGAGGAAUACAGCAGCAUCCUGGAUUCCCAAGUAUAGUAGCAGUUUAGCUGCUAUGUAGCUGCAAUGUUUAGAAUCAUAUUCCAGAUCAUGAGUUUUAUUUGUGCUUAUUUCAUGCACAUUUCCGUUUUCUUUUCUUUUGUCGUUGCAAAGAUUAAGCUGAAACGGUUCAGACGAAUAAGGUACAAAUUUUAUCCCAAUGGUAGAUCAUGGUGGACAUUUACUGACUGAUUAAAAACCCUAAAAUAAAGAUUUAAAAAAAAAAAAAAA